AUGAUUAAAGCAGAGAAAGAUUACAAACCGGAAGAUGUGUUGAUUGAAUGCAAACCAUUUGUUCACUAUAUUUACAAUCAAUGCAAAGGUCUUAUAUGUGAAGAUUGUUUGACCAAAAGUAAUGGUUUGAAGAAAUGCGCGGAUUGUCAGCACAUGUAUUACUGCGACCGAAACUGUCAGCGCAACGACUGGAGGGCCGGACAUCGGUAUGAGUGCCAGAUAUUCAAGAAUCACUACCAGAAGCUAAUUGAUAAACAACAGAUGGCUAUACCAAUGUUGCGAAUGUAUCUCAUAAUAAAAACUAAUCCACAAAUUGUAUACAAAAAGUACAACACUGUUGGCGGACAACAGCGAUGUUUCGCCGAUUUGAUGUCACAUCGCGAAGACAUAUUGCAGGAACUGUUUAAAGUUAUUGCUAUAAAAGAUAUACACUUUAGGAUCAGUUCAUGUGGUGUUGAACUACCUCUCAAUGAUUUAAUCGAUAUGUUCUGUAAAUUUGCGAUCAAUUACUUCGAAACAGUGGCCGUCGAUAAUGUCCGCCAAUCUCGCCAUACAUGUGGCGCCGGAUUAUUCAUCGGUGCAUCCAUUUUGGACCACUCGUGUGCUAACAAUGUCUACGUCCACUCAGUGGGCAAUAGACUACAGAUAAAAGCAAGUCAUGCCAUCGCCGCCGGCGACGAGUUGACCACUUGUUAUGUAAAUUGUUUGCUACCAACUGUUACCAGAAGAAUGCAAUUGAAAAGUAGAUAUUAUUUUGAUUGUCACUGUCGUAGAUGUGAUGGCAAUGAUGAUGAUAGCGAUGAUAUAAUCAAAUUUGCUGAUUUGAUGGCCAAAAAUAUGCUAAUCAAACAACUUUUAAUGUAA